ACACGACAUAGGCAUCGUCUUCACCCUCUCUCCCUCCUUCGACCUCGCGCGAACAAUGGAAGAAAAUCAACCAGCUGGCUCGCUGAGCUGGCGACUUAGUUCGCAUCCUAUUACGCUGCUUUUCUUCCUUGGAUUCAGAAUCUCUUCGCUGCUGGUGUAUCUGUUCGGUAUGCUGUUUAUCAAAAACUUCGUCCUCAUCUUCAUCAUCACGAUCCUCCUCCUAGCAGCCGACUUCUACUACCUCAAGAACAUUGCCGGGCGCCGUCUCGUCGGACUCCGAUGGUGGAACGAAGUCGAUCCGCAGACGGGCGACUCGCACUGGGUGUUUGAGAGCUCGGAUCCCUCGACUAAGGUCAUCAAUGCGACUGACAGUCGCUUUUUCUGGAUUGCGCUUUACUCGCAGCCUUUGCUCUGGAUUGGGUUGGCGAUUGUGGCUAUUUUCAGCCUCGAGUUUAUCUGGUUAACUCUUGUCGUCAUCGCGCUGAGUCUGACGGUUACGAACACGCUUGCGUUUUCGAGGUGUGAUAAAUUUGGGCAUGCGUCGAAUUUGGCGGGGAGUGCGUUGAACACUGGGGGUAUUGCGAGGAAUGUCGCGGGAGGAAUGAUUGGGAGGUUCUUUUCUCGUUGAUCGCAGGGGAACGGCUUGGAAGAAGGAAUAGGAGCGAGGCAAGGUGUACGAUACCAUCUGGAACAUUGGGGGAGCUAUGGAAAUGAAUCUCAUAGUGGGAGUGAAGGAGAUCAAGUGUACUUGAUCCUUGUGUGACGCCGUUUCGAGAGGAGGGCGUGGAGCCGAUCUGAUAUUCUGAUUACCAUUGCAUUGGAAUUGAAGACACGAAUGUGUGUAUGCUUCCACUAGUGUGCUGUUCAAUCUGUCCUUAGUUCGACUCCUCGUUGGCUGUAUUUGCAGGGGUCCAGUUUCUGAC